UGUUGACAAACUAGGCUCGUACUUAUCUUAAAAACGGGACGAAAAAACAGUUUUAUUAUCUCAUAUGUCGAUCUAAUGUCUUUUAUUUCUAAAAAUAUCUUUCGAAUAAUAAAUUGUUAAAAGUUUUGAACUUCGCCUAAGAGUUCGAAAAUAAUCUACGAAAAUGAACUAAUAGAAAAAAAAAGUGUCGAAAAGUUUCGAUUAUAUAUUCUAAGAAUGAAUGAAGAGUAAAUUAUUUGUGAGAAUUUAAGUUAAUAUGAAAAUAAAUAAGUUAGUCAAUAUUCUAGAACAAGCUCUAGAAAUAAAAAUAUCUUAAAUUAUUUCAACUAAAACGAAAAAGAACAAAGAAAAUGAAUUUAUUUUUUUUCAGCCAAGAUAAAUUCCAUAAACAAAUUAAAAAACUACGUAAAUGAUAAUUUUUUCAGAUUUGUUGUUAAUCUUUUGAAGUUUUCUAAACAAACUUAAUGAUGAAUAGUCAAAUGGAAAGAUUUAUUGUUAUUCUUUUAUAAAGUAAGACCACUAAAAAAGAACUCGUUUAUUAUAUAAUAGAUAAUAUGUAUUAUAUUGAAAUAAUUUCUCUCGUAUAACUGAAGUCAAUUGAUUUUUUUCACGUUUAUCAUUGAGAAAAAAAAGAAUAGUUUGUUUUUGAAGAAAUCGUUAUGAGAAAUAAAUUUGCUAAUAUUGUCUAUUAUAAAUUUUGCAAGACUCUAAUUGAUUUUUCGUUUAUAGAGUUGAUAAUUCAUUAUUAUCUUCUGACAUAUAAUCGAGAGUCUCAAUAGAAUGGUUGAAUAUAAUAAAAAAAAAUAAAAUAUUUUCAAUUGAAAAAUGAUAAAACUAAUGUAAUUAGUGACAAUACUUAUUUACACUAGACAAUAUAUAAUAUCAAAUCUUUCAAAUAUAUUUUAAAAAACACAUAUUUUCUACAAAAAUUUUAUUUUAAUAAAUAAUCUGAUUAUAUAAACGAUAGUACUCAAAAUCUUCUCGAUCAAUUUUAUAUGUAAAAACGAUGAUUUGUCAAUAAUGUAACCGGCUGUGUAAGAACAUUUCUUUGACCUAGGCUGAUUUCAACGUAAAAAAACCAACUAGGCGCUUCUUUUUCUUUCUCAAGAAGAAAGACAAUAUAAUAUAAGCAUGAUUAGGUAGAUCUAUAUAUAUAUAUAUACCCAAUCGGGUGACAUAAUCAUAGGUUGAUAGUAUUUAUAAAGCUAAUAAAAUAAAAAUAUUGAAAAGAGUAUUAAUUUAAAUUUAUCAAUGUUUGGAAGUAUUAGUAGUGAAAUUUGAUCAUACAAUGUUAUUGCCAAAUAAGAUGGAUAUAAAAUUGAUCAAUAUUAUAAAUAAUAUUCCUAUGAAGUUCCAGCAAAGACUGAUUUUUCAUCAAAUACUGGAAGUGGAUUUUUUCGAUUGUUUAAAUAUAUAUCUUUAAAUAAUAAUACACAAGGAAAAAUCUCGAUAACAGCUCCAGUUAUAAUGCAAGAAAGUGAAUGUGAUAGUGAUAUAAAACGUCGAAUGUCAUUUAUAAUGUCUUCUUCAAGAUUUCAAUCUUCAGAUAAAAUUUCAACAGCUAGUGAUAAAAAUAUUGAAAUUAUCGAACAAGAUAAUUUAUUUAAUAUCGGUUCUAUUACAUUUAAUAUGUCAAUGAUAAGAGAGAGAAAUGCAAUAAAAUAA